AAAACCCAGAGAGCUCUGUGUGGGCCCAGCCUGCUGGGGCCGCUCUGCGGUGCCCCUUGGGUGCAGGGGAUGGGGUCCCCAGGAGAAAGCUGGGAGCUCUGCAGGGACAGCUUGGGAAGCUUCCCCAGGUGAGGAAGAUCUUAAAGUCCUUCCUGACCUCUUCCUGGGCUUUUUGUGCUAUCUCAAUGGGAGCAAAGGUGGAGCUCAGUGCAGGCCUGGAGCUCGCAGCUCUGUAGCUUGAGCGCUUUCCCUGCCAGCAGAAGCAUGUGUUUGCAGAAGUCCUCCUCUCCCACCUCCCCCUGUGCUCCUUCUCCGAGCUGAAACUGGGGCAUCCCCCCCUAUGCUGUGCACGUAGGCUGGGAGCUGCCGGCUCCCCAAGGUGCUCCCCUGUGAGCCCCGAGCCCCUUCCACCCUGCUGUCCUGGGGCCGGCCCUGCCUCGCCUGCUGCCAACCCCGGCACUGGAGAGGACGAGGAGCUCGCUUUGGGGGGGAUUUGCAAUCUAGGUUAGGUGGGGAGCAGUGACAUCAGGAAGAGGGUGGGAGGCAGCCCGCACAUGACGAGUCUAUGAGGUUGCUGCUCGGCGAGGUGCGCGUUGCAUUAGUAAUGUGUUUGUAGCAAAUAUCGCUGGGCUGGCAUGGGAAUGUGGGUCACCGCUGGCAGAACUGUUGGAGGAAGAGGGAGCUGCUUCUGCCGUGCUGGGAAGGAAGCGUACGUUGCUGAGGGAUGUUCCUGGGGGGAGACUGAGCUGCGGUAACUGCUCCGGCUUAACUUAUAAAGCACGGCCGCGAGAGGAUAGGACAAACCAUCAAGGCGUCCGGCUCCAGGCUCUGCUCGUAUGCUGAACGAGUUGCUUUUUUAAUGGAUCGUUCCCGGAGCCCAGACACCAGCGCUCAGCCUCCAACGCCAACUGACAACAUCAACCUCGGACCUUCUGCUAACCCAAAUGCCAAGCCAACAGACUUUGACUUCCUGAAGGUUAUUGGCAAAGGAAGCUUUGGAAAGGUUCUCCUGGCCAAACGCAAGUGUGAUGGGACUUUUUAUGCUGUCAAAGUCUUGCAUAAGAAAACUAUCCUGAAGAAAAAGGAGCAAAACCACAUCAUGGCAGAACGCAAUGUGCUCCUGAAAAAUGUCGAGCACCCCUUCCUUGUGGGACUCCAUUACUCCUUCCAGACCUCGGAGAAGCUUUACUUUGUCCUUGACUAUGUAAACGGGGGAGAGCUCUUCUUCCACUUGCAAAGAGAGCGCUGCUUCCGUGAACCCCGGGCACGAUUCUAUGCCGCGGAAGUUGCCAGUGCAAUUGGGUACCUGCAUUCCUUAAACAUCAUCUACAGGGAUUUAAAACCUGAGAACAUCCUUCUGGAUUGCCAGGGCCAUAUAGUAUUGACAGACUUCGGACUCUGCAAAGAAGGAAUGGAGCAAGAGGAGACUACUUCCACAUUUUGUGGCACUCCUGAGUACUUAGCUCCCGAGGUGUUAAAGAAGCAGCCGUAUGACAGGACAGUAGACUGGUGGUGCCUGGGAGCUGUCCUCUAUGAGAUGCUCUUUGGACUGCCGCCUUUUUAUAGUCGGGAUGUGUCUCAGAUGUAUGACAACAUUCUGCACAAGCCACUCCAGAUCCAAGGAAGCAAGACUGUGGCAGCUUGUGACAUCCUCCAGGGACUUCUCCAUAAGGACCAGAAGAGGAGGCUGGGUGCCAAAACAGACUUUCUUGAGAUAAAGAACCAUGUAUUCUUCAGCCCAAUAAACUGGGAUGACUUGUACAACAAGAGGAUUACCCCUCCAUUCAACCCCAAUGUGGCUGGUCCAGCUGAUCUGCGACACUUCGAUCCAGAGUUCACCCAAGAAGCGAUCUCUGCCUCCAUCACCCACACGCCUGACUUAGCAGCCAGCAGCUCCAGUGCCUCAGAUGCUUUUUUAGGAUUUUCUUAUGCACCAACUGAAGAGGACUUCUAAGUUUUAUAAAGGCUUUGAGAAGCCAGAUUUUAACUGAAUGGGUUUUAUGUGUUUUUUUUUUUUUGUUUGUUUUUUUUUUCCUUUUUGAAAGGAAUGCCACUGUCCUUUGCUCAUGGUUUAUGGGAAGGGGCACUAAUACACUAACUGGCUGGGAGGGAACAGAGCUCUUAAUUUGUGCUGUUUGGAUUUCCUUCCAUAUGUGUGUUUCCCUGGCAGGGAAAGUGGGACAGCAGUUGUUAUUACUUUCUCCUGAGUGUCUUGUACUACUUGGCAGGAUUGUGUUCACUGUGGUUGUGUUUAUGGUUAAGGUAUGUAUCAUCAUUCACAUCACAGCCAUAUGUGUGUGUGGAACUAAUGCUGCCUAGCUAUGUAUGACUGCUUUGCUUUCCCAUAACAAAGGGAAACUCUUCACCCUACACACAGCAGUGGCUUCCUUCAAGUGGACGUGCUUAUUUAAGUGGUUGGGGAAAAAGUAGUCUGGUUGGUAGUGGCCAGGCUGGAGUUAAACUGGGGUAGUUCAGCGAGUCUGCCACGUAAGCCAUUAAAAAUCUGGUAGCAGCAGAGGCCUGCAUUAGAUUUUAAUGCUCUAGAGCAGAAAUGCAGGAUUCAGUGGGUGCUGCUGAAGAAGCAGAGCUGCCACAGCACAUGGGAUGAGUACUGCUACUUGUGGAAGGAAGCCAUUUCCUCAUCCUGGGCUCAGACGCUGUUCAUCUUUUACUGCUCCAAAGGUGGCUUACAG